AUGUCCGACAUCGAGGAGGAUCCUGUGAUGAACCAAGAGGAGAAUAACGAAGAAGAAUAUGGCGAGGAGGCUCCACGGCAGAGCAAGUCCAAGGACAAGCGCAGGGACUAUGAUGACGAAGAGGAUGAGGAUGAGGAGGAAGAUGAGGAGGACGAAGAGGACGAGGAAGACGAGGAAGACGAAGAGGAGGAUCCUGGUACAGAGCGCGGGAAGAAAAGAGCUAAGGUUCGCCCUUACCCAUUCGCCACUCACCGUCAUAAACGACCUGCUGUCAACCGUUUCCUUGACGUAGAAGCCGAGGUUGACGAAGACGAGGAGGAGGACGAAGAUGAGGAUGAGUAUGGCCGUGACGAGUUCAUUGCCGAAGGUGUGGAAGGCGAAGAGGGCGACUUUGCGCCCCGUGCUGCAGUGAAUGCCAGGUUGAAUCUUGAGCGCGAGCUCAACGAUCAGGACUUGCAGAAGAUAGCAGCAGGCUUCAGUGAACGGUAUCGGCAGCGGAAUGUUCGUUAUACGGGAGACAUGAACGAAGUGCCACAGCGGCUGCUCAUGCCUUCCGUGCACGACGCCAACCUCUGGCAAGUGCGAUGCAAGCCUGGGAAGGAACGAGACCUUGUGUUCAGCCUCAUGCGAAAAUCACUCGACCUCGAAUUCACGAAUCGGCCGCUACAGAUAUUGUCCGCUUUUCAGCGCGACUCGCUACCCGGUAUGAUAUAUGUAGAAGCUCGCAGCGCGAAGAUGGUUCAGGAGGCAUGCAAUGGGCUGGUCGGCAUCUUCCCUAGCAGAGGCAUCAACCUUGUACCCAUUGAGGAGAUGUCCAGUCUACUGCAAAUAAAGAAGCAAGACGUCACCGUCGCCCCCGGAAGCUGGGUCCGUAUCAGGCGUGGCAAGUACCAGGGAGACCUGGCGCAAGUCAUGGACAUAACGGAGAAUGGGGAAGAGGUUGGCUUGAAGUUCAUUCCUCGCAUCGACCUCAACCCCAAGGAUGAGCCUAUGGGCUUGGAUAAGAAGCGGAAGAAACCUGUUCCAGGUUCCUCGGGUUUCUCCAUGCGACCGCCCCAACGUUUCUUCAACUACGAGGAAGCUGUCAGGGUGUAUGGCAGGAAGGCGGUAUCUAAGCGUAACCAAGUCUACGUCUUCCAAAAUGACACGUAUAAGGACGGCUUCAUCGAGAAGGACUUCAAGAUUUCUGCCCUUCAGUUGGACGAUGUCAACCCCACACUUGACGAGAUCACCCAGUUCACGCGCGGGCAAGACGGUGCGGACAACGACGCAAACGUAGAUCUCUCCAUCAUCGCCGAAGCUUCGAAGAAGGCCGCUAUCGCCGUCUUGCAGCCUGGCGACCAUAUUGAAGUUUUCGAGGGCGAGCAGGCCGGUGUCCACGGUACAGUGCAUGCCGUGGAACAGGAUGUCGUCACGAUUCAACCUGUUGGAGUGGAGUUCGACGGCCAGAAGAUACAAAUCCCUGCGCGCAGCGUGCGCAAGCGCUUCAAAGCUGGCGACCACGUUAAAGUCAUGACUGGUCAGAACGCCGACGAGACAGGUCUUGUAGUCUCGGUCAUGGACAACGUCGUUACUUUCCUUUCCGACAUGACCAUGCAAGAGGUCUCUUGUUUCUCGAAAGAUCUUCGAGAGGCGGCGGAGGUUGGCACAGGUACCAACACCGUUGGUAAUUACGAACUGCAUGACCUUGUUCAGCUUGACCUCCAAACCGUGGGAGUUAUCUUUAAGACUGAGCGCGACUCGUUCCGGGUGCUGGACCAGAAUGGUCAAGUUCGUCUCGUUAAGCCUCACCAGAUUUCAAUGCGUCGUGAUACGCAUCGUGCCAUUGCGGUCGACUCCGAAGGGCAUGAGAUUCGCGUACACGACAAUGUUAAGGAGGUUGAGGGCGAGGGCCGCAAAGGGCGUGUGCUGCACACUUAUCAAGCAUUCUACGCUUGGUUGUUCAACCGUGAUGUAGCCGAAAAUGGGGGCGUCUUCGUCACUCGUGCCCGUUCGCUCGCGCCAGUGACCCCACGGGGUCUGAAGUUGGGCUCUACUGACCUCUCGAAGAUGAAUCCGGCACUCAGUGGCGGUGCUCAAGGAGGGAUGGUCGGCGGAGACAUGGGUCGGGGACCGCGGGAUCGACUCAUUGGAGCGACGGUCCAAGUCAUCCAGGGGCCGCAGAAAGGUAUUGUUGGUAUUGUGAAAGACACAAACGGUAACAUCGCCCGUGUCGAGCUCAGCACUGGCAACAAGAUCAUUAUGAUCCCGAAGGAUAAAUUAAAACGGAGAAACAUUGACGGUUCUCUCGAAAUGAUCGAUGUACCCCGGAUUCCCUUAGGUCUGCCCAAUAUCCCCCUAGGCCUACCCAAAAUUCCUGGCAUGUCUGCCUGGGGAGCUAGUCCUGGGGGCGGCAGGACACCCAACCCUUACCAGGGCGGUGGUCGUACAGCGAAUCCAUACUCUGGUUCCCAGACGCCGGCUUGGGGCGGGGGCAUGGACUCGCGCACACCUAAUCCACAUCAUCCUGCGAAGACCCCAGCGUGGAGCGCGAGUGCUAAAACGCCGAAUCCGUAUGCAGAUGGCAAGACCCCGGCAUGGAGCGCAUCGUCUCGCACGCCAAACCCGUAUGCCUCAACUGGUGGGUGGGGAGGCUCGACGCCGAAACCAUCAUCUUGGGGCGGCGCGACGCCCGCGCCGAACGGUGCCUCGUCCUCAUGGGGAGGUGCAACUCCGGCAAGACCUGGAUGGGGCGGCGCGACACCCAGGGCCGAUUGGGGGGAGUCGUCUUCGUCAUGGAGUGCGCCUACCCCAUCUGCAUGGAGUGCACCAACACCAGGAAUCUCUGCGCCGACACCUGGCGCCUGGACCGGUGGUGCCUACGGCGCCCCUACGCCUGGGGUAUCAUCUUCCUACGAUGACGUCCGCACACCAGCUGCGUUCGGCUUGAAUGGAGGGCAGCCUUCGAGAUCCUCGGAAGAAAGUAAGUAG